GACGCCAAUUUAGAUAUAAUGCGUUGCAAGCGAUGUAGAAUUUUCAACUUGAAAUUUCUACAGUAUCAUUAUAAUUUUUUCUUAAGUAUUACCCUUAUGUAACUGUACUUAAACGUCUGCUAUCACAUAAGCUACAUCAAAAACACAGUAAUUAAUAAAGCAGCUUACUUUUCGAGAUAUGUUUUGCUCACUUUUCUAUCAUAAUGAUGAUUACAAAAGGCACAACAGUGGAAGAGCAUGCGGCUGGUUUAGUUCUCGCACGAGGAAAAAGUAGUGAGCUUCCUAGGAAAAACAUUCAAAUUCUGAAUGGACUUCCACUUCUGGCUUGGGUAUUACGGCCGAUGAAAGACUAUAAAGGAUUUGAUUCUCUGUGGGUAGCUACUGAUGAUAAUGAUAUUGCUGAAGUAGCCAGCAAAUGGGGAGCAAAUAUAUUUUGGCGUUCCCCACGUACGUCUCAGGAUCGUGCUACCUCCGUUGAAGCAGUUCAAGAAUUCCUUCAAUAUCAUCCAGAAGUUACAGUGGUGGCGUUAGUCCAGUGUACAUCUCCUUGUAUUCAUCCGAACUAUUUAAAGAACGCCCAUGACAUGAUCAUAAACAACCACUUCGAUUCGGUGUUUUCGGUCACUCGUCAGCAUAAACUGCGAUGGAGCGAAGUUUUCGAAGAUGGAAGCACAAAAGCUUUGAACUUUGACCCAGCCAAGAGACCUCGCCGUCAAGACUGGCCAGGAGAGUUAGUUGAAACUGGACAUUUCUAUUUCGUUCGGCGUUAUUUGGUUAUGAGUGGCUUGUUACAAGGAGGAAGGUGUGGUUACGUUGAGCUUCCGGCUGAAUUAUGUACAGAAAUAGAUUCAGAAUUUGACUGGAUGAUGGCUGAACAUCAAGUCAAGUUUUACGGCUACUAUGGAGACUGUGAAACUUCUUGAUGAACCAUGCAUUUAAUAAAGAAUGUUUAUAGACAAUAGUGCGAAAAAGCUUACAAAAAUAAAUCUAACAACUUUUUUAUAAAUCAGUAUUAUUUAUGUAUAUUUUAUUUUUAGUAUUGUCUGAGUUUAAAUUUUGUAUAGGUUUCCAGAGACCUACAUUGAUUCUUUCAACGCAUUCUUAGCUCGUAAAAUCUUUAUUAUUUAAUUAUAAAUUAUUUUAUAUUCAGCUUAAGAUUUCUACCACAUUUGUAUUAUGUUACGAUGACUAGACUUAAUUGGUAAAAACAUGAAACUACAAAGCAAACCUAAAAAUAUUUCUACCACAUUUGUAUUGUGUUAGGAUGACUAGACUUAAGUGGUAAAAACAUGAAACUACAAAGCAAACCUAAAAAGAUUUCUACCACAUUUGUAUUAUGUUACGAUGACUAGACUUAAGUGGUAAAAACAUGAAACUACAAAGCAAACCUAUGAUUAUUAUCUGUUAGAUUUAGACUUUUACUUACCUUUCUUCCUGUCAUAUAUUUUAAAUUGGCAAAAUUCUUAAUAUGGAAAGGUCGUUCUUAGAUUCUAAUAAAGGAGUUGUUUUUUACAACAA